CAUACGUCUCGCCUUCAUACCCAUGCAGCCCCGGGCCUGAGUGGUCUAGCAUCUAUCUGCCGCCGCUCCCCCCUCCUCACUUCACGACCUGAUCACGACCACGACCAUCCCAAUUGUAUUUCCUAGCUAUAUCUAAACAACCAUGCCUGCCUCAAAAGCUGCCUUAGUCGUUCCGCAAGACCUGCUAUACGAACUGGCUCUAGCUCUCUGGAAGACAGUAGUCAACAUAUUCUUCCGGGAAAUCAGGCCAAGAGGCGCAUUCCACAUCCCCCGAGAUGGACCGGUCAUCUUCGUGGCUGCACCUCACCAUAACCAAUUCCUUGACCCUUUGCUACUCUCAUUGCAAGUUCACAGAGAAACGAGACGGAAAGUACAGUUUCUGAUUGCAGCCAAAAGUAUGAAGAGGAAGGUCAUUGGGUUCUUUGCCAGGAUGAUGGCCAGCAUCCCAGUUGUUCGCGCUGCAGAUGACGCCAAACCGGGAAAGGGACACGUCAUCAUCUCCGACGACGAUCCAUGUCUUGUCAUUGGUUUCGAUACUCGCUUCACAGAGGAGUUCGCUCCCCAAAUGCAGAUCAUGCUACCCAAAUCUGUCAACUUCGCUGUAGCAGAGGUCGCGGAGGUAAUCUCGGACACAGAGCUUCGCAUCAAGAAGGAAUUUGGAGGGGAGAGCGGAAAGGGCACCGCUCGGAUUCGCGAGAAGACGAAGGAGUUGCAAACACAGGGGAAGCAAGGAUUCGACUUCAAGAAGCUACCUCACGUCGACCAGAAGGAGAUGUAUCAUCAUGUGUAUCAAUGUCUCACUGAAGGCGGCUGUAUAGCUAUUUUCCCUGAGGGCGGGAGUCAUGACCGUACGGAUCUGCUUCCCCUGAAAGCGGGCGUGUCUCUCAUGGCAUUGGGUGCUAUGGCUAACGACCCGCAUGUCAAAGUCAAGAUAGUUCCUGUUGGCUUGUCGUACUUCCAUCCCCAUCGCUUCCGGUCACGAGCUGUCGUUGAGUUCGGGACAGCCCUCGAUGUCCCAGCAGAGCUGGUAGAGAUGUUUAAGGAAGGCGGCGCGCAGAAGCGGGAGGCUGUUGGCAAGCUCUUAGACUACGUCUAUGACGCGCUGAAGACGGUUACCAUCCGCGCUCCAGACUACGAGACAUUGAUGCUAUGUCAAGCAGCUCGUCGUCUGUACAAGACUCCCGGUCAACAUCUGACGCUCGGUCAAGUCGUUGACCUCAAUCGCCGCUUCCUGGAAGGUUACUUGCACUUCAAGGACGAGCCGAAGGUACAGAAGCUGCGCAAUGAUGUCCUUAAGUACAACCGAAUGGUGCGGGAUCUCGGUUUGCGAGACCACCAGGUCCCUCAUGCUCAGAAAGCCAGUUGGAAGGCUUUGGGUCUACUUUUAUACCGGCUAGGUCUUCUCUUUGUGUGGACCAUGCUCGCACUUCCUGGCGUGAUCUUGAACGGGCCGAUCUUCUUGGCCGCGUCGAUUACGUCAAGGAAGAAGGCCAAAGAGGCCCUCGCUGCUUCGACUGUCAAGAUUGCUGCUCGAGAUGUUCUGGCGACAUGGAAGGUGUUGAUAUCGCUCGGGAUGACACCUCUGCUCUAUGGAUUCUACGCAUUCCUGGCCACCAUGACCGUCAUCAGGGCUGGUGCACCGCUUGAGCUGAAGAUCUGGACGCCCAUUCUGGUGAUGGUGACUCUGCCUUUCGUCGCAUACGCUGCUUUGAAAUUCGGUGAAGCCGGGAUGGAUGUCCUCAAGUCGCUGCGACCCCUCGUCGUAGCACUGAUACCCGGCCAGUCUCGUUCGCUGGACCAACUGAAAGCAAUGCGAGUAGAGGUGUCGAAUCAACUUGCGGAUGUAAUCCGUGAGUUCGGCCCCAAGCUAUAUGAGGACUUCGAUGCAAACCGCAUUAUGGUUCCGUCUGCAAGCGUGCCACCGUCUACAGGGGAGCCUGGUAUAUGGAGACGGAAGAGCGGCACAGGCGGUGUCGACGCUCAGGGCAACUUGCUCGUGCAUCCCAUGACGUGGCUCGACGAACGUUUGUUCGGCUGGAGUCGGAGUGCAUCUCGGGGCACGAGUGCCUGGUCAGGGACGCGUAGCCAGGAUAUCAGCAGGGCACCCAGUCCAGACGCAUCCGAAGACGAGACCGGUGACUACGACAACGUUCUGGGCUACCUCGAGGGCCGAUCUGCCCAGUCGCCGCGUCCUGGACGCAGUCACCAGAGCUCGUACGCCGACAUCCAGCGGCUGAGGAAUGGCACGGGCGAUCACGGCGUCAAGUUCGCGGUGACUAGCACCGGAACCGAGGCCAAUGAUCCCGAGGGCCUCCAGUUUCGGCAGCGGGGUAAUUCGCGGACUCGUAAGAGCUCGCUGUCGGAUAUGGUGCCAGUAGAGAGGAUCGGUGCGUUGGACAGGAAUGAGAACUUCCGGGAGGCUACGGAUGACCUCAAUCACGAGCUGGAGGAGCAAAAGGGUCAUAAGGACGAGUAGAUCACCGAGUCUGGACCUUCCUCUAUCCUUCUCAUCCUGUGUGCCCCCGUCC